CGACCCAGUACAAUCGCGCUGGCCGCUGGCGAGCCCACUUCCUCUUCGUUACGAAUCGUAAGCACUCCGCGCUCGCUCCGGACGACACGGCGGCCGGCGUCGCUAACCGCCGCUCUCGGCCGCACCGCAUGCCAGCCCCCGCCACCGUCGCCUCCUUCAACGCCCUCAUUGCCUCGCACGCGCGCUCCGGCCGCCCCUCGCAGGCGCUCCGCACCUUCCACGACAUGCUCGCGCGAGGCUUCCCGCCGGACCACUUCACACUGCCCCCCGUCCUCCGCUCAUGCGCGCUCACCGGCUCCGCGGCCCUCGCCGCCUCCGCCCACGCGCUCUCCGUCAAGCUAGGCGCCCAGGGAAACCUCUUCGUGGCGUCCGCGCUGGUGCAGUGCUACGCGGGCAUGUCGAACCUCUCCCACGCGCGGAGGCUGUUCGACGGAAUGCGCGAAAGGGACGCCGUCCUGUGGACAUCCAUGCUCUCCGCUUACUCCCAGGGUGGGCAGCCAGAGGAGGCGAUGCGGUUCUUCGAGGGGAUGGUGGUGGCCGAGGUGCAGCUAGAUGCGGUGGUCAUGGUCAGCCUUCUUCUCGCGUGCGGGCAGCUCGGCUGGCGGCGCCACGGGAGAAGCGUGCACGCGUGCUGCGUCCGGAGGUUCCUGGGGAUUCCUCUCUCCCUAGGAAACGCCCUCGUGGACAUGUACGUCAAGUGCGGGGAGCUUGCCUAUGCCGAACGGUUGUUCUCCGUGAUGCCCAGGCGGGAUGUUAUCUCGUGGAGCGCGCUGAUCGUGGGUCAUGGUUUAAACGGGAGCUCAGAUGUUGCUCUCAGGAUUUUCGAUGAGAUGGUGGCAAAAGGAGUGGAACAGAACUCGGUCACCUUCCUCGGAGCCCUGUCAGCCUGUGCGCAUUCGGGCAUGGUGGAGAAAGCGUAUGCUAUACUUGAGCAGAUGAAACGGAAGGGCAUCAAGCCUGAGCUGAAGCAUUACUCUUGUGUGGCUGAUGCGUUAGGGAGGGCUGGCCGUGUCACUGAGGCCGUCAAUCUGAUAGAGGAAAUGCCUUGCCAGCCAGACGAGGCCAUGCUUGGUGGCAUACUGGCGGCUUGCCGAGUCCAUGGUGAAGUGGAUGCCGCCGAACGGAUUUCGAAGAGGCUGAUGGCCAUGUCUCCUGCAAAGAGUGGCUACUACAUGAGCCUGGCAAACGUGUAUUCUGACGCUGGAAGGUAUGUUGAUGCGGAGAGAAUAAGAGGCUUCAUGAAGGAAGUCAAAGUCGACAAGCUUCCUGGAUACUCUGUCUCGGAAUCAAAUAACUAGCUCCAUAUAGUAGGCAACGGAUUUUGAAGCAGUUUGGCGAGUCUGGUGACAUACACCCAGUUCAGUAUAUGCUUUGACAAAAGAUAUAUAGUCACCUGGUGGAAGGGAAGGAUAAAUGAGAUGACUCAAUAAGAUGUUUGUUGUCGAUUAUAAUACUUUAAACAUUUGAGUGGCUGAGUUGGUGCUGUCAAAGUGCAAGUGACAAAUAUAUAAAUUACAAACAUUUGAGUUGCCGAAUUGAUGCCACUAAUCUGUCAAGUGCCAAGAAGUUUGGGGAAUCAGCUUCUUUGAACCGAAGAGGACAAGAUUGAACAGGUUGAUGAAACAUACAUAUAUUGGGACCACACUGUUCUCCUGCAUGUAUUUGAGAGAGCAAAUAAAGAAAACAGUCAACUCUGUGGCUUUUGCUUGAUCAGUUGCCUAUGGGGUUGAAAUAGCUUUUGACACUGGCAAAAGAAUAUGUCCAGAUAUGUGGACAUCUAACUGGCAAGGUUUAAACUAAGAUCCAUGUUGUACUAACAGAAAAGUUUUUGAGAAGUUUUACCCAUGGUAGUGCUGACUGUGGAGUGCUCACUUAGGUGGUUUGUAACACGUCAGAUGGGGAACUCUUCAAAGGGAAAUGAAGAAAGCCAAGCCUCCAAAUCAAAUUACCUUCUACCUAUAUAUAUGCUUGUGUUCUACAGCUACAGUGUGCACGCUCUGGACCGGCACCAUAGCUGUUGUAGUUUGUAUCAAUUCGGUAGACUGAGUUGAGGUGGAAGUAGGGUGGGACGUCAAGAAAUCCUGGAGAGGGAUUAGGUUAGUUCCUCUGAAGUGGUGCAAAAUUGAGGUACAAUAUUUGCAAAUUUGAUGGGGUUGAGUCUAAUCCUUAGUUCCUUACCUAUCCAAACAGCCUCUGAAGUGGUCAGAGGCACUAGAAGAGUUAAAGCUGGUGAAAGAAGGGGGCGAAGUUCUGAAUAUGGAGAUGAAUGAUAAGAUAUUGGCUGCUAUUCACUUUUAUUGUAUCAGGCUUCAUUGAGCUGGUCUCCUCUUAGUGAAUUUGGUGUUAGCUGCUGGCUACCUCACGCAGUUUUUCGCUGUGCUACUGUAAUUGUUAUGGUUGCCAUUGUAGAGCAACCAACUUUUUGAUAUUUCUCCCAUGGAUUCUGAAAUUGUUGGUACGGCAUAAAAUCUUCCAUGUGGCAGUGUUAGUACCUGUUUGCUUGGUGCUGUGGAAACUGGAAACACAUGAAGUAUCUUAUGAAUUUCGACACUUAAAGGUGAAAGCCCCUGUUGAUAUUGAUUUAAUAACCUAUUCAGGCAGGUGUCAUGCAAGAGAUGGUGAUGGCAGGAGCAGUUAAGCUGCCGGAGGUCAUCUAGAAUGCCUAUGGAAAGUGGAGCAGCAGACCUAGAUCAGCAUGGUGCUUUCAUCUUACGGCUUCAAAACGACCCCUGACAGUAUGUACUAUCUUACUAUCUCUGUUCUCUUUUAACUUCCCAGAAUUUGCUCAGGACUUUGACCGUCAACUGAUUCUAUCUUGAUUGUGCCUCUACAAAAUAUAUCAUUACUACCAUCUGUUAAUAACAAAUUAUCAGCAGGUAUUGGUCAAACUAAUAUUUUGAAAACUUGCAAAGUCAAAACAUAAAAA